AUGGGCCAUGUGCAAUUACUCACACCAUGUUUUUAUUCCUUUCCCUUUUUUUCUUUUUUUCUUCUUUUUUUCCUUUUCAACGCGAAGAAUGUUUUUAUUUUGAUCUCAGUUGAUUUGACUGUAGGCACAGUUUUUGAAUUGGAGGCAAAAGUGGAGCAAGUGAUCCCGCCGGUGAAGGUUGAAGACGGCGAAAGCACAACUCAUGAAACGCGACGGAUGCGUUACGGAGAGGAGUUUCUUUCUUCUCGACUUUGCAGGCCUCCGAUGGUCACUGGCCUGGAGAAAUCACUGGACCUCUCUUCUUCCUUCCUCCAUUGGUAUGUUUCUUCUUCAUUCAUAGGACAUCUCGAGGAGAUAUUUGAUGCUGAGCAUCGUGAAGAGAUUCUUCGAUAUAUCUAUCGUCACCUUAACGAUGAUGGUGGAUGGGGGUUACAUGUUGAAGGCAAGAGCUUUAUGUUCUGCACCGCACUGAAUUACAUAUGCUUGCGUAUACUCAGAGAAGGUCCUGAUGAAGGACGAGAAUAUGCGUGUAAACUGACGAGUAAGAUGCCUUGGAUCGUGACAUUUUUGCUCAUCUACAACAAUGAAAGUUGUUUCCCAUCAAUCUAG